UGAGCUGCAUGGGGACGAACCCAUGCUGAGCGUGGAGCGUGUGAAGCUGGAGACGGGGCUGUCAGCUGAGGGGCCAGCACAGAGGUUGAGCAGGAAGCAGUGGAGGAACAGACAAAAGAAUAAAAGGCGUCAGAAGAAUAAGUUCAAAUUGGGGCCUGGACCUGGUGGGGACAAGCGUCUGGAUGUGGAGGCAAGUGCAGAGCCAGGCACUUUGGAGUUGCCCACUGUAGAAACGCCGCCUUCAGAGCGGUCUGAGGCCCUGCGUGCACGGAUGGAGGAGCGGCUCCUCUCUGCCCGGUUCCGUUACAUCAACCAGCAGCUCUACACUUCCAGCAGCCAGGAAGCGGCACAGCUCUUCCAGAAUGACCCUGAAGCUUUCCAAAUCUACCACCGUGGCUUUGCUCAACAAGUAGGGCGCUGGCCCGAGAAUCCCGUGCAUCGUAUUGUUCGUUAUCUGCGGCAGCGGCCAGCCUCACUGGUAGUGGCAGAUUUUGGAUGUGGUGACUGCAAGAUUGCCAACAGCAUCAGAAACAAGGUUCACUCUUUCGAUCUGGUAGCCCUCAGCCCGCUUGUCACUGUGUGUGACAUGGCCAAGGUGCCCUUGGCAGCUGAAUCAGUGGAUGUUGCAGUAUUCUGCCUAGCGUUGAUGGGUACCAACCUGCAGGAGAUCCUAGAAGAGGCGAAUCGUGUGCUGAAGCAGGGGGGCACCCUAAUGAUGGCUGAGGUUGCCAGCCGCUUUGAAGACCUCCGAGCCUUUGUGAAUGCUAUGAGUCAUCUGGGCUUCAAGUCUGUCUCCAAGGUGUGUCCUCGGAACGGGCCCUGCAUGGAUCUGCCCAGGACCCCAACGGGGUCCAGGCAGGCCUUAGUGAACUGAGUGUGCUGGGGAGCCCUAGAGAA